CAGAUUUUAGCGCAUGUCGCAAACGUAACUGGCAGGCACGACAGGUUUGAGGCACGUGAUCCUCGAGGACGCGAAGUUGAAGUAGCACGUGACGUGACGUGAUUUGUUGUAUUUAGUGGACAAUUUGCCGACGGUCCUCUGCUCUCUACCUCGACGCCGACGCCGGCUUCUCUCACUCCUCCGCCCGGAUCCGCGCCUCGUCCUCCUUCCGCCAUCAUCGAAAUCGCCAUGGCCACCUUCACCGUUUACUGCGACACCCCCACCGACGUUUCUCCCGCCCCCAAGGCCAAGCGAGCAGCCGGCACAGUCCUUGUUGCCUCCGACCCGAAUGCCUCCGCCGUCACUCCCGCCCUCUCCCCUGUCAUCGAGAAGGAGAACAUCAAUCCUCUCACCGGAGAGCCUUGCGUCCCUCCCUCCAUGUCGAAGAAGCGCAAGACAUCCCAGGUCCUUGCCACCAAGGAUGUCCUUGCCAAGAAGCACAAGGAGGAUAAAGUGGAGGGGAAGAAGAUACGAUCCAAGAAGGACAGUGGCAAGUCUAGCCGUAAGGCGAGCAGCAAGAAACCUCGUCGUGUGCCAACCCUUCCGAAAUUGGAUGAGGAAGAUGGGGCCGCUCGUGAACGUCUGAUGCAUGCGGAUAUCGCUUCACGCUGCUACGAGCUGACUGUGGCCCCGCUGGCCGACGUUACGGAAGCGUACGAUGCUGCGUUCGGCAGUGACGCGCCACCCACUUCCGAGGAACGCGCAAAGUUCCGAAAGGCCACCUCCGCCGAACCCGAAAUUCGCGAUUACUUCUCAUCUUCUCACUCCUCGGGCUCCCUCGCCCGUGUUACACCCCCCGCCUCGUCGGCAGGCCAGGAUCCAGUGGUGUUUUCUACGCCUGAGCGGCGUCAUAUCUACUCCGCAUUCACCUUCACCACCCCGUCACCAUCUGCUGAGCGCUUCAGACAAGUCAGCCGAUCGCCAUCGCCGAGAGUCCCCGCCCUUAAACUGCGGUCCCCAUCUCCCGUUGCAUCUACAUGAUGCAUGUACAUCUCACAGUCUAUGUCUUGUCCCCGUCUCCUAUGCUCUGCUCAAACCCACUGUAACAUCGACGCACAUGCUAUCAGGCUCACAUCACCAUCUAUUCUACGGCAAUCUUUUGCUCAUGAAAACACGCACUUACAAUCGGAUCGAUAUCGCGAUCAUCCCUGCAUCUUACAUUCAUCUAUAACUGCAUUUAUUCUAUUUAUGCUUGGUCGUUGUCUGUCUGAAACUACAUACCUCUACUUAUACCGCCUUCCCCCGACGUACGCUGUCCAUCGGUAUUCAUGAACACGUUUUGUCCUCUUCCUGAAGAAAUCGAUCUUGUGACAGGGCAAGUGACCAGUCGUGUCUCCGCAUAUCACGUGCAUCUGCGCGUGACCUCAUUCCACCCAUCAGCUUUCUGGAAUCUUGACGUCCACCAUUGGAGCCUUCAAAGUUGUUUCCAGACCUCCACUGCACUCAAUAGGCGCCGACUUUAAUGGAUAUCGUCUGGUUCGACGCGCCUCAUUUCUCCCUUGGUGGAGGCUCUUUGUUCCUGCCUUCACCCCCUUGACGGCGUCCCACAAGUCUAGGCCGGCAUGUCACUGGCAAGACGUCCGCGCUCCGUGGCGGCGCUUCUAUCUUAUCUGAAAUGCUCGUUCCGAUGAUAAGCGUCAAUCUUAUAUCAAGGCCUUGCAUCAGAGAAGGCUCCCUACCUCCAGCCAUGGGCAUUCUACAGCGCCUCGAAGUUGCGCAUGAACCAGGGCUCUCACACUCCCAACUGUUCUUGGCGAAUGAGGACCUGCUUCCGGUGGAGGAGGAGAAGCGAACCUGGCAGUCGUGGAACUUUUUUGCGUUCUGGGUCGCAGACAGCUUUAACGUCAACACAUGGAUGAUCGUGAGCUCUAUGGUCCAGCUUGGACUCUCGUGGUGGCAGGCAUGGAUAUGUGUCUGGCUGGGGUACGGGAUCGUGGCACCUUUCAUCGUCCUUAAUGCUCGUCCUGGCGCGAUUUUCCAUGUGACGUUUCCUGUGGUUGCGCGCACGAGUUUUGGACUCUACGGGAGCUUAUGGACGACGUUCAAUCGUGCCGCCAUGGCUUGCAUCUGGUACGGCGUACAAGCAAGUAUCGGGGGCAGUUGCGUGCUAGUUAUGUUGAGGGCGAUGUGGCCGAGUGUGAAUAACAUCCCAAACCACCUUCCUGCCUCAUCUGGCACGAACACACGCGAUUUUCUAUGCUUUUUCCUGUUCUGGCUUAUUUCACUCCCCGCCAUCUGGUUCCCGAUACACAAAAUACGACAUCUGUUCACCGUCAAAGCGAUUGUGGCACCUACGGCUGGAAUCGUAUUCUUCAUCUGGUGUAUCGUCAAGGCCAAAGGCGUCGGCCCGAUUAUCCGACAGCCUUCGACACUUCACGGGAGCGAGCUUGGAUGGGCAAUGGUGUCGAGCUUGAUGUCCUGCAUCAGCAACAUGGCAACUUUGGUCACGAAUGCACCUGACUUCGCGUCCCGCGCCACCACUCCAUCUGCCGCCCUCUGGCCGCAGCUUAUCUCUGUUCCGGUCACGUUCAGUUUGGUAUCCUUCAUUGGAAUCAUCGUCUCGUCGUCGUCAGCCGUAAUCUUUGGCGGCGAUGCGGUUUGGUCUCCGAUUGAUCUGUUGGGCAAGUUUUUGGACAAUAAUCCUUCACAUGCAACACGAUUCGGGGUCUGGUUCAUUUCCGCGUCCUUCAUCAUCGCUCAGCUUGGAACAAACAUCUCAGCCAACUCUGUCAGUGCCGGCUGUGACAUGACUGCACUUUUCCCCCGGUUCAUCAACAUCCGUCGGGGAGGCUUUGUUGCUGCAAUCGUCGGACUGUGCAUGCUGCCAUGGAACCUGCUCAAGAGCAGUAACAGUUUCACGUCGUAUCUCUCCGCAUACUCAGUCUUCCUUAGCAGCAUUGCGGGUGUGAUGAUCACGGAAUACUACUUCAUCCGGCGAGGACACUACCGAGUGCCAGAUUUGUACAGCACACACAGGAACGGCUGGUAUUGGUAUACCUACGGGAUCAAUUUCCGUGCUUACGCCGGGUACAUUGCGGGAAUCUUGAUCAACGUGGUCGGAUUUGCCGGUGCAACUGGACGGACGGUCCCCCUCGCUGCGACGCGUAUAUACCAGAUGUCCUUUUUCACCGGCUUUGGGGUCUCAGCGAUUGUGUAUUACAGUCUGACGCGCAUGUUCCCUGUGCGCGGCAUGUCGAGUGCGUUCGAGGAGGUGGAUGUUUCCAAGACGCUCGAGGAUACAGAUGCGGACGGAAGGAGCAGCCAGAAUGAUGACGACAAGGAGAUGUUUCGAGAGGGAUGAAUUGUGAAUGUAUGUUGUAACGAGAGACGAAAACGAGAGCAAUCUGAUG